AUGGAGGCCGCCGCCGAGGGCGAGGCGCUCGGCAGCCCCGCGAGCCCCGGGGGUCCCUCCGAGGCCGCGUCCACGUCCCAGGCCGCGGGGCCCGACAGCCGCCCGCUAGGCCCCGGCGACGCCCCGGCUGCCUCGCCACCGCCGCCGCCGCCCGCCGCCGCCGCCGCCGCCGAGGCCGGGAGCGACGAAGAAGACCCGAAGGCCCCGCUGCAGGCCGCCGCCGCCGCCGCCGCCGCGGCCGCCCAGGCCCAGCCGGCCCCGCGCGCCGGCCCCGCCGCCGCCGCCGCGGGCCCCGCCGCCGCCGCGCCGCCCACCGCGGCGCAGCUGGUGCAGAAGGCGCACGAGCUGAUGUGGUACGUGCUGGCCCGCCAGCAGCGGCGCGCGGCGCUCUGGUUCCCGGACAUGGUGCGCGACGUGCUGGGCGGCGGCUACAAGAAGUGGUGCCGCAGCAUUCUGCGCCGCACCAGCCUGCUGCUGGCGCGCGUCUUCGGCCUGCACCUGCGCCUGGCCAGCCUGCACACGCUCGAGUUCUCGCUGGUCCGCGCGCUGGAGCCCGCCGAGCUGGAGCGGGUGGCGCUGGGCGCCGCGGCCGGCGGCGGCGCCGGCGGCUCCGGGGGCCGCAUGCCCAUGAUGGGCCUGCUGCUCAUGGUCCUCGGCCUCAUCUACGUCAAGGGCCGCGGCGCCCGCGAGAGCGCCGUGUGGAACGUGCUGCGCAUCCUCGGCCUGCGCCCCUGGAAGAAGCAUCCCACCUUCGGCGACGUGCGCCGCCUGCUCACCGAGGAGCUCGUGCAGCAGCGCUACCUCAAGUACCAGCGCGUGCCGGGCGCCGAGCCCCCCGAGUUCGAGUUCCUGUGGGGCCCCCGCGCCGCCCGCGAGAUCACCAAGCUGCAGAUCAUGGAGUACCUGGCGCGCGUCUUCAAGAAGGACCCCCAGGCCUGGCCCACCCGCUACCGAGAGGCCCUGCAGGAGGCCCGGGCCCGGCGGGCGGCCGCGCCCCCGACUCCCUGCCCCCGCAACAGCUUCUCCGAGGACUAG